CAGCUGGCGGGGGGGGGAGCGCUGCCGGUGCCGGUACCGGUGCGGCAUGGCUCCGGCCGGUGCCCUGCGGGAGCUGACGCUGGCCCUGGGGGCCGCCGUGGCCGUUCUCGGCUCCAUCCUCUUCAUCGCCGUGAAGAUGUACUUCCGCGGCACCGGCACCGGCACCGGCUGGAGCGGCUGGUGGGAGCGGGAGCUGCGGGAGCUGCGGGACCGAGCCCCUCCCGGCGACGCGCUGGACUGGCGGCAGGUCCUGGUGCUGGGGCUGGACGGGGCCGGGAAGAGCAGCGUCCUGCACUACCUCUGCAGCCAGACGGCCAGGGACCGCAUCGCCCCCACCCACGGCUUCAACUCUGCCCAGCUCUUCAUCCAGGGGAUGGAGAUGGACCUGCUGGAGGUGGGUGGCAGCCAGAACCUGCGAGCCUACUGGCCCCACUACCUGGACCAGGCCCAUGUGCUGGUGUUCGUGGUGGACUCGGUGGACAGGUCACGCCUGCUGACAGCACGCCAGGAGCUGCACGCGCUGCUGGCCAACGACCCCCGGCUGCCCCUGGUCGUGCUGGCCAACAAGCAGGACAAGAGCGAUGCCCUGAGCACAGCAGAGCUGCAGGAGGAGCUGGCCCUGCACACCCUCAGCGGGCAGCGGGAGCUUUUCCUCCUGCCCACCAGCGCGACCUGGGACGGCCUGAACACUGCCACCAGUGUCCUCCACGUGAAGAACCUGCUGGUCACCCUGCUGUCCCAGCCCUGAGCCAGCGUGGGGGCCACACAGGCUCCCGCCCCCAAUGUGGCUCCUCUUCGGGGUCUGCGGCGCGAGGAUGGAGGUAUCUGGGUGGGUGCCGCUGGAGCUCAGACACACUGGCAGCCGGCUGCCAGUCCUGGGGUGCUUGCUGCACCCCACGAGGUUUGGGGUUGAGCUGUGGCAUGGUUGCCCUCAGGGAACACGAGCAGCAGCCUCUGCUCUCUGCUACAGGGAGAGGACAGCCGCCUCCCCCAGCUCAGGGAUGAAAUCUGCCUUGGGAUGGAGGCACAAGCACGGCUCUCACCCCCUGGUGAGCGGGAACAUGUGGGACAGGGCAGGGCCCUGCACCUUCAUGGCAGCCCUGCAGGAUAUUAAAUGGAUGGGGCUGGAAAAGCGAGGUAAUCCUCUCACCCAGUGGCAUGGACAGGAUGUCUCAGGAGAUGGGUUCUUCUUCCCAAAAAACCACGAGGAGUUACUGCUGGCACAGCCCUGCCAGCUCAGUAUACACUAGUGGGAAUAACCCACUCGGGCUGUGCCUCACCGGGGCCCAGCACAGCUCUCAGCCCCCCAGAUCUGGAUUUAAAGCCCUGUUAUGAGAUGAAGGCAGGUGUCAGGCAGCCCUGCACUGCCCCUUCUCUCUGAACAGGGUGAAGACAGGCUGUUUGGAAGGAGCUGUGCUCAGCAGGUCUUUGUCCCCCUUGCCCAGUCUCUCUCCCCUCUCAGCUGCCCCAGGGAGAAGGGGAAGGAGCCAGGCUCGGGCCCGCAGGAAGCCCUGCCUGCAGGCAGGAGGCUGCUGGAUCCGGCCACAGGGCGCUGGGUCCUGGAAAACCCAUCGGGGAAGCUGGGGAGCAUUUCAGGGGAAGGGAGUACACGCCGACUGGUCUCUGCUGUGAAACCUUCUGUACAGUCGCUCCUUUCUUUUAUCAAUAAAAGAAG